AACUCACUUUAUUCAAUCAACGUAAGCAACUUCAUUUUUCUGAUGAAUAUUUUUGAAUCAUCGAUUAGCGAGUUGAACUACAGCAGCACACACCACCAUUCAGAUACAUCUUCUUCCUCAGAAACAAACUCCUCAAACCGUAAUGAUGCGGAAACGCUUUUGGCAUCUGAUAAACCAAAGAGGCGAACAGGUAGAAGAGUAUUCAAGGAGACAAGGCACCCUGUGUAUCGAGGAGUACGAAAGAGGAACAAUAACAAGUGGGUUAGUGAAAUGCGAGUUCCUAAUAACAGUAACAAAUGCAGCAAAUCAAGGAUUUGGCUUGGAACCUAUCCAAAGCCUGAAAUGGCUGCACGUGCACAUGAUGUUGCUGCACUCGUUCUUAAGGGGAAAUCAGCUUGUCUUAAUUUUGCUGAUUCCGCAUGGCGGUUGAGGUUGCCGGAGUCGAAUGAUGCAGAGGAGAUAAGGAAAGCGGCGAUGGAAGCUGCUGAGUUGUUUUCUGUUGAAGACAACAACCAGUGUGACUGUGAGGUUAGUGUUGGUGAUGGAGUGGUCAUGCAACAUUCCAAUGAUAUGCAUGUUACGAUCGAACAAGUUCCGACGGAAUCCGACGACAUGCAUGAUUUGAUUUUGAGUAUUGCAAAUGAGCCUUUACGUUCUCCUUCUCCUUCCAUCACAGAUAACUGGGGUGAGAUCGAGAAGUUUGAUACUCAAGUUUCAUCAUUAUGGAAUUUCGAUACGCAGUAUUAAAGAUGUAAUUAAUUAACAAUUUGCUGUUAGUUUCUUUCUCAGUUAGUUUAUGUAUAACUUACUGUGAAUAAUUCAUUAGCUUAAUUCAUUUGUGGUUGGUUUGUCAAACUUUUGAUAUACCAAAAUACAUGGUAAAUACAUUUCAUGCAUUAAGAUGAA